AUGUGGAAAGCUUCCGUGCGUCACAAUGUUGCACCCAAGGCUCCGGUCAACGACGACGACGACGCCUGGGAAACCGACCCUGACUUUGUCAACGACGUGUCCGAGGAGGAGCAACGAUGGGGCUCGAAAACCAUCGAAGCUUCCGGCAGGACGGCUGGUGCCAUUGACAUGAAAAAGUUGAUUGAGGAGACAAAGCAGGGUGAUGCCCAGGUCAAGGAAAAACAGCUCGCAGACGGUCCCAAAGCUGCUUACGGCUACGGCGGCAAAUUUGGAGCUGGCGAGCAAACUGAAGAGUUGGCCGAGGAGAACAAGUCACUAAUUUGGUUCCUGAUGAAGCAAGUCCGCCCUGGCAUGGACCUGUCCAAAGUUGUCCUCCCAACCUUCAUUCUCGAACCAAGGUCCUUCCUCGACAAACUUAGCGACUCCUACUACCAUGUGGACCUUCUCUCUCAAGCUGUUGUUGAGGAAGACGCGUUCACGAGGAUGAAAUUGGUCCUCCGGUGGUACCUUUCUGGGUUUUACAAGAAACCCAAGGGGUUGAAGAAGCCAUACAAUCCCGUCCUAGGAGAAAGUUUCAGACGCUGCUGGAACCAUCCAAAUAGCUCCAAAACCUACUAUUUGGCAGAACAGGUGUCUCAUCAUCCACCUGUGUCUGCCUUUUACGUAACAAACCGGCAAGAGGGUUUCUGCAUCACAGCGUCCAUCCUCGCCAAGUCAAAGUUCUACGGCAACUCGACGUCCGCCAUUCUCGAUGGCACCGCCAUCCUCACAUUGUUGCCUCGCGGCGAGGACUACACAAUCACCAUCCCCUACGCCCACUGCAAGGGCAUCCUGAUGGGCACCCUGACCAUGGAGUACGGCGGCAAAGUGGCCAUCGAGUGCGAGAAGACGGGCUACAAAACGGAAAUUGAGUUCAAGCUGAAACCGCUCAUCAGAAAUAUGGAGCCUAACUUGAUAUCAGGGAGAUUAAAGCUCGGGAAAGAGACUUUUGCCACUAUCGACGGUUUCUGGGAUGGAGAGAUUACGAUCAAAGACAGGAGAACUGGGGAGGAACAAAUUUUCUGGAGCCCAACACCAGAAAUGAAAGCUAAAAGGCUCAAAAGAUGCACUGUUCCUCUGACGCAUCAGGGCGAGUUUGAGUCUGAACGACUUUGGCAGCACGUUUCGGCCGCAAUCAGAAGAGACGAUCAGGUGGCAGCAACAGAGGAGAAAACUGUUUUGGAGGAGGCGCAGCGGGCGUCAGUCAAAUAGCGCAAGGCCAAAUGCGAAGAUUGGACGCCAAAAUACUUUGAACAAGACUUGAUCAGCGGGCAGUGGGUUUACCGGCACUCGGACUUGCGGCCGUGGGACACGCGCAACGACGUGUUCCAGUACGAGUGCGACUACGUCAUCCAGACAAAGACCAGGCACAAGACGCCGAUGAUCCGUACCUCUAGCAUAGUCAGUGUGGAGCCGUCUAGUGGUAUUCCCCUUCUGUCAGCCGACGUGAGGGACGCUGUGAGGAGUAGGGCAGGGGACAGCAUCAGCACCAGCAACGAAGAUAAUCAUAGCGAUUCUAGCGGGUCCGAGGGAGGAAUGAGGCUCCGACAAGAAAAAAUUCGGGAGGCGUUGAAACCGUUGGAGGUAAUGGUCUCUCAACAAGCAGAGCAUUUAAAACGUCUGGACACCAAACUGGACAAGAUUGGUGUGGUCAUGUCCAAGCGGCAGCAGCAAAAAGGCAGUGGCGUCGCUCAGAUUGCCGCUUGCAUCUUUCUGGCCGGCCUUGUGCACGCGCUUUUCGCUUGGCUGCUGUUCUACCGAAACAAGUGAAGGAAUCUCGCUGCAAUAUUUACAAGAAGAGCUUCAUCUGAUUUCAAUCCUGCCAUAUUAAUGAUUACUAGUUACUUUGCCGUACGUGUUUUAGACUUCUUUUCCGCAUGGUUACGUUUUAUCGCAAGCGUGAGAGUUUUACAACACAUUCCUGGUUGAUUUGUUUUUGGAACUUUUUAUAUAAAUGCAGGUCACUUUUUAUUCAACGUUGAAUCUCACUUUUUAGAAGAGGAAGGAAAAAAUUAUGUGAUAGAAUCGGCAAAGCACUCAGUUUGGCCUGCUGGAAUCGCAAACACUAAUUCAUUUUUUAGUUCUAUACACUUUUUGUAUGCUUUGUUAGAAAUGUGUGAACAAUCAAUUUUUAUAAGCAGUGCAUUUUUAAACUCGUAGUCGGACAAAUUAGGAGCAGUUGUUGUUUUGGAGUUUUUAUUAACAAAAAAUGAAGGAUUUUUAAAUCACUCGGCUUGUUCUCCUGAGCUCGCAAAAUCCUCAAUCAGACUCAAAGUCAAUUAAAUCAUUUAAAAAAAAAAAAAAAAAACAGUUAA